AUGGCAUGCAAAUACUCGUUCUUCCUCUCUCUAACCUUCUCUCUCUUCCUCGCAACCCACGCACUCUCCGAAGCUGAAAUCUUGCUCCAGUUCAAGAACUCCAUUGAAGACCCCACCAACGCUCUCUCCGACUGGUCAAACGCCACAGCCGCCGCGGGCCAUUGCCGCUGGGCUGGAGUUUCUUGCAGAAACACCGAAGGCCCAUUUGCUAUUUCGUCUCUAAGUCUCCAAAGCUUGAAUCUUUCCGGUGAAAUUUCACCUUCCUUAUGCGGCCUAGCUAAUCUCACCCACCUCAAUCUCGCUGAUAAUUUCUUUAACCAGCCAAUUCCUCUUCAUCUCUCCGAGUGUAGUGUUUUGGUUGCUUUGAAUCUCAGCAACAAUCUCAUCUGGGGUACAAUCCCUGAACAGAUUUCAGCUUUUAGGUCAUUGGAGUUUCUUGAUUUGAGCAGAAACCACAUCGAGGGGGAAAUUCCAGAAGGGAUUGGUGCAUUGCGCCGGCUCAGGGUCCUGAACCUGGGGAGCAACUUGAUUUCAGGUAGUGUCCCGGGUGUUUUUGGUAAUUUUACCGAGCUUGUGGUUCUUGAUUUGUCUCACAAUCCGUUCUUGGCUAGUGAGGUUCCUGUUGGCAUUGGUGGGCUCAGUAAAUUAGAACAUCUUUUGCUCCAAAGCUCAGGCUUUUAUGGAGAUUUAGUGCCUGAUUUGUUUCAUAGUCUGGGGAGUUUGCAAAUGCUUGACCUUUCACUGAAUAAUAUUACUGGGGUUUUGCCAAAGGUCGAUUUUUUCCUUCCGAAUUUGGUUUCUUUCGAUGUUUCCCGAAACAGGCUUUCGGGGCCAUUUCCUAGUGGGAUUUGUGAAGCUAAGGGGCUUAUAAGCUUGAGCAUAGAUUCUAAUUUCUUCAAUGGCUCGAUCCCGGAUGAUUCGAUCGUAAAAUGCGAUAAUCUAGAGAGGUUUGAAGUUCAGAACAAUGGGUUUGCAGGUGAUUUUCCUGCUCUACUUUGGUCUUUGCCCAAGAUUAAGCUCAUCAGAGGCGAAAACAACAAAUUUAGUGGCGCGAUACCCGAAUCAAUCUCGGUGGCUCCUCAGCUAGAGCAUGUUCAGAUUGAUAACAACAGUUUCACCACUAAGUUCCCAUUCGGCAUCGGAAAAAUUAAGACCCUCUACAGAUUCUCUGCGUCUUUGAACGGUUUGCACGGCGAACUUCCUCCCAAUUUCUGCGACUCUCCAGUCCUCAGCAUUAUAAACCUUUCCCAUAAUUCUCUCUCUGGAAAAAUUCCUGAAGUGAGGAACUGUAGAAAAUUAGUAUCUUUAUCUCUGGCCAAUAAUAGUUUUAUUGGAGAAAUCCCGGAGUCUCUCGCUGAUCUGGGAGUGCUGACGUACCUCGAUCUUUCUCGAAAUAAUCUCACUGGUUCAAUCCCACAAGAGCUCGGAAAAUUAAAACUUGCUCUAUUUAACGUGUCGUUUAAUCGGUUAUCCGGCAGGGUCCCGAUUCCCUUGAUUUCGGGCCUUCCAGCUUCGUUCUUGCAAGGAAACCCAAGUUUAUGUGGGCCCGGGUUAGCCCAUUCGUGCUUAGACAAUAACAAGCCAAUGAGCAGCAAAUCGUCAGGCUUUGUGAAACUCACACGCGCCGCCUUAGUUUUUAUAGCUCUGGCUUUUGUGUUUUUGGUUUUUGCUUUCGGAUAUUAUAUGAUGCGCGCUCACGAGAAAAAAUGUCAUUCGGGAGUAUGGAGAUCCGUUUUUUUCUACCCUCUAAGAAUCACCGAGCACGACCUGAUUAUGGCAAUGGACGAGAAAACAGCCAGGGGACUUGGCGGCCAUUUCGGAAGAGUUUAUGCAGUUAAUUUGCUGAGUGGCGAGAUUGUUGCUGUGAAAAAGAUAGUUAAAUUCGGUAGCCAAUCUUCAAAAGCCUUGAAAAACGAGGUGAAGACUCUAGCAAAGAUUAGGCACAAGAACGUCGUGAAGAUUCUUGGGUUUUGCCAUUCAGACGAGGCUAUAUAUUUGAUAUACGAGUAUCUACCAAAGGGGAGCCUUGGGGAUAUUCUUGGGAAAAAAGAUUUUGAUCUGCCGUGGAGCGUGAGAUUGAAGAUCGCCAUAGGCAUUGCUCGGGGGCUUGCUUAUCUUCACAAAGAUUACGUUCCGAAUCUGCUGAAUCGAAACGUGAGGUCGACUAAUGUUCUUCUUGACGAUGAUUUCGAGCCGAAGCUUACGGAUUUCGGUUUAGAUCGAGUUAUUGGACAAAGUGCCUUUCAGUCGAUAGUUUCUUCUGAAUGCACAUCUUCUUGUUAUUUGGCGCCCGAAUAUGGCUACACAAAGAAAGCCACCGAACAAAGUGACACGUACGGCUUUGGGGUUGUCUUGUUAGAGCUCUUGACCGGCCGACAAGCCGAGAAAAACGAGACAUGGAACGAUGGACCUUCUCUAGAUGUCGUUACGUGGGUGAGGAGAAAUGUUAACAUAACUAACGGGCCCACGAGAAUUCUCGAUCGAAAGAUUUCAAGCUCGUGUAGAGAACAAAUGUUGAAGGCUCUUGAAAUCGGCAUGGACUGCACGAGCAUUGUACCGGAAAAGAGGCCGUCGAUGAAUGAAGUUGUUAGGGCCCUUCAGUCUCUUCAAACUUCACCUUCAUAG